AUGCAUUCAUUCAGUGAUUGUCUUACGAUUAAGAUAUUGGAUGUGGUGCUGUCCAACUCGGGACCUCCUUUGGCACCAUUGCCUCCCUUCCCCUCCACGGACUCCAAACACACCAUAAACUCCAACUGCGAGAGAGUGGAGGAGUUGUCUGCCAUCAGGGGCUCCAUCCAGAGUCCCAAUUAUCCCAACGCUUACCACAAUCGCACCUCUUGUCAGUGGGAUAUCCAGGCCUUCCAUCCCAAUCAUAUCAUCACAAUUAGUUUCGAUGACUUAGAUCUUGAGAUUCCCAGAGAUUCUGACAAAUAUUGUACUCAAAACUCAAAUCAAAAGUCUUUGACGAGUAGUGAAGACGUUUGUUGUUAUUAUUCAUGGAUUAAGAUCUUCUCGGAGUCGGACGCAGAGCACAAGUAUUGCGGUCGCAGUGAAGACAACGGCCUUAUUCUCAAGCCAUUCAUCUCCACCUCAAGCCGUCUGUCGAUUAAGUUUCAUACGACUACGCGAUUGGGCGGCGGCCGAGGCUUUCACUUGUCGUACAUAACGGGUGCCGCGAAGUCCGCCAAAUGUAAAUCAGAUGAAUAUCACUGUCGGAACCAGAAGUGUAUUCCAAGCAAAUGGAAGUGCAAUCGAAGGGAUGAGUGCGGCGACGGAUCAGAUGAACUCAACUGCGAUGACAUCUGUUUGGCCGCCAAUCAGAUGAGAUGCGGAUCAGACAACAACCGGAACAGAGGUUCUGUGGGCUGUUAUACGUUCCCCACGCAGAGGUGUAACUCCGUCUGGGACUGUGACAACGGCGCUGAUGAGAGGGGGUGUGGCGGGUGUCCACAAGACAUGUUUGUCUGCAGAACUGGUCAGUCGUGUUAUAGUGAUAGCAAGAGAUGCGAUGGAAUUAUUGAUUGUCCGGACUUUACCGAUGAGUUGAACUGUGGUCUCUGUACC